AUGGACGACGAAAAUCCGAAUGCACUUGAUGACCCCUCGAUGCAGCCAGAACCCGGCGACGGCUCUUCGACUCAGAUUCACGAGGAUUUUCCGGACUUGUUGAAAUCCAAUCCGCCGUCGUUGUCACACUCGAGAUCUUCUAAGAAGCCACGAACCCUAAGUAGAAUAGAGGAUCCAUUGGAACAACCCCAACCUAGGGUUAACCCUCAGAUUCCCCUUAAUACAACGGUCGAUGGUACGCACUCUGCCGCACCACACACCUUUACCGCUGGAACCAGCACGCCCUCUGCCGCACCUAACGCCCUUUCAGCGGGUCUUAGGGUUAGCUUCCGGGACACGGUAACAGGAGAGGAUACAGAUGUUACCGUAGAUUUUAGUCGGCCUAAACUAGACAUUCAAAUCUCAACAUCUUUCAAGGAAUCCCUGAUUACAAUGUGGUUGUCAUCAAACUAUUGGGGAUGA